GACGUGAGAGGGAAGGUGUUAUGUGCAUUUACGUAUUUGCUCCAUUAACUUUUAGGAUGCUUCUGUGUAGCUUAUUUGUAAAUAAGCUAAAAUAUGCUUCACUGUGAUAUUUUUUAAGAAUAUAUUUACGUGCUUUCACCACCCGAAUUCUGGAUACAAGAGAAUUAAUAUAGGAAAAGUUUUAACCUUGCCACUGUCGAGCUCAAAGGUGCAGCAGAGGAAGUCAGUUGUCACUUUUUAUAUGUAUCUAUAUAUUCUGGUCAAGCCACAGUUCGUCAUUGUUCCCCCAUUGGACCGCCAAGGAGUUACUUCAAAAGGACUCUCGGAUCCAUCCAGAUGAAAAAGUGAUUACUUGAACCAAAAACGCGAGGAUGAUGCCACCGUCGACCGCUAGGUGGCUCUGCCUCAGCCUCCUCUUCCUCGCACAAGGCGUGAGAGGACAGUUGAGCAUUGGAAGUGCUGACGCAUUCCUUUCAGAAGAUUUUGACUAUAGCACCAUUGUUCCGGAAUCCACACAAUCACCUGAGCCUAUGGUCUCUACUGUCUCACUUGUAGACGAAAGUCCUCUACCUGACUUUGAGGAUGACUUAGCAGGAGGAGAGAGAACAGCCACGGUCUCUUCAUUACCAGAGAGUGAAAUUUCCAGUCAAAUCGGAACAGUAGAGUACUCUGAUUUCCCAUCAGACUUUAGCACGGAAAUUCUUGAAGGAAAAGAUGAGAAUGCUUCUGAAGUGGUACUCUCAUCUUUGUCACAGAUUAUUCCUUCAGAGGUGCUCUCUCCCACUUUACUUGCAUUAGAACCAACUGUGGUGGUUACAAGACCAACUGAAGCAGUUCGUGCUCUUGCUGACUCUGGUCUUGUUUCACAAAUAGUUUCUUCAGAGGAACCAAUUUCUAGUACAGAAAUUGAACCUUCUGAGUUGGUUAGCAGGCCAACUGAAGUGCUUCAUACUCUUGCUGAUUCAGAGAUAAUUUCUUCAGGAGUGCCAGCUCCUAGUGAACUUGCAGUUGAAUCAUCUGAGUUGAUUAGUAGGCCAGUUGAGGCACCUCAUGCUUUAAUUGAGUCAAGUCAUGUGUCAGAGAUAGAUUCGUCUGGAGUACCAGCUUCCAGCGCAAUUGCAUUUGAACCAUCAGAGUUGCUUAGUAGACCAGAUGCUCUUGUUGAUUUGUCAGAGGUAGAAUCUUUAGGAGUGCCAGCUACCAGUAUACUUACAUUGGAACCAUCUGAGUUGGUUAGCAGGCCAACAGAAGCACUUCCUGCUCUUGCUGACUCGGAGAUUAUUUCUUCAGGUGUUCUGGCUACAAGUACACUUGCAGUUGAACCAACAGAGUUGGUUAGUAGGCUAGCUGAAGCAAUUCAUGCUUUUACUGAUUCAAGCCAUGUGUCAGACAUAGAUUCUUCAGGAGUACCAGCUUCCAGUCAACUUGCAGUUGAACCAUCCAUCUUGGUUAGAAGACCAGUUGAUGCAGUUCGUGUUCUUGCUGAGCCUGAUUCUGACUGGUUACCAAACUGGCCAUCUGAACUCCUAGACACUACUACAGAAUCAUCGAGAACAGCAGCAGCAUUCCCAACAGAGCCUGGACAUACAGCCAUAUUAGCAUCUGCUGCAGCUCCUUUUCCAUUGGAUGAUGAUGAGGUGACUGCAUCAACUGUUGUUCCUUCAUAUACAGUUACUAAGAUCCCAGUGACACAGUAUUUCUUUGAUAUAACAUCUGUAGCACCUACCCCUGCACCAGGGCCACUAUUUGACCCCAAAGAUUUUGUUACUCCAGGCUUUGAGGCACCACAUGACACAACAGCUGAUAUGAUCAGACCUACAGUUGAUCUUGCCUCUAGCAUACCUGAGCUGCAGUCAAGUGUCCUGAUGAUAGACACAAGUCAGCCAUCUGUAACUCCUAAACUCCCACUUGAGGCAACCUUAUCUACAGGGGCAGAGCUUGGGAGGCCAAGUGUGGAACCACCUGUUAAUGUCUUGAUAUCCACAACAUCCCCAACUCCAGCACUUACCUUGACUUCUACAAGAGUCCAGCCUGAAGAGGAGAUUGAAGUGAUUGACAACACCCUUGGAGAGGGUGACUUUGUUGAUAGCACCACUUUGAUUGUAGAAGCUGCAGAAGAUGAAAUCACAGGAGUUGAAACCACAGGACCACGGCCAUCUUUGGAGGAACAGCCAGAAGAGGAUACAAUUCAUAUCACCACAUCCAGUGAGCUUCUCAUAGAUGUUGCAGCCACUGAAAGUAUGACUGCAGAAUCUGAGGAUAAGCAUCCAGGUAGUACAGGUGAAGCAUUGGCUACAGCCACACUUUUAGCCUUCACCACUCCUCCCUCUUCUCUGCCUGUAACAACUCCUGACGCAGAGGAAGUGACAACCAGCACACCUGUUGUUCGAGUUAGUGUGCAGCCAACACCCUUCUUCCGUACCUCACAGGUCACAGACUCCCCCAGGACCCCCUUGUGGAUGCUUUUAUCUAAGUCAUCACCUUCGCCAACUGUAGAUACACAGCAGACACGCACACGGCUUGCUUCUUCUUUAAUUUCCAGUGCCCAGGUUCCUGACCUGGCAAUUGCUUUGCCUUCUUCCACUACGCUUAAAAGUGAGACUCUUACUGCAACAUUAGCAAGUUCUUCAGUUUCUGAUUUAAGCUUUACUUCCCUUGAGAGUAGCCAGGUUCCCUCCGACUCCUCAGUCCUGUUAGCCACUGUGCCCUUAGAUGAGACUACUUUUACUAUUGCUGAAAGCACUGAAUCAGAUGUAGAACAACCUGAGCUCACAACAACUAUAGUAUUUGAAGAGUCAUUAGUCUCCUCUUCCUUGUUUGUUACCACAGAAGGAACAGUAAUAGAACCUCCCAGACAUAAUAUAUCAAGUUAUACCACAGUUGUAGCCCCUACUUUAGACUCUGCUGGUGUUAUCACACAAUUGCCUCCUGCCAUACCCACAUCUGGACCUCCUGUUGAUAUUGACAUUGAAGAGCCUAUCACACCAGCAGGAGUAGACAUAGAUGAAAUUAUUACAACCAGAAAGAGUGAUGAACCCCAAAUGAGUUCAGAGGGACCAACAGUUACUUCCAUUGCAGUAGAAACUUUAGAUUCUGCUCAAGCCAGUAGCCCCAGUAGUGAGACUAGUGCCACAGAAAUAAUAAGUCCUCCUGUGGAGAAACCCGAUGUAGCACCAGAAGUUAGUGUAGCACCAAAUACCAGUGUAGCACUGGAUACUAGUGUAGCACUGGAUACUAGUGUAGCACUGGAUACUAGUGUAGCACUGGAUACUAGUGUAACACUGGAUACUAGUGUAGCACCAGGUGCUAGUGUUGCACCGGGUACUAGUGUUGCACCGGGUACUAGUAUAGCACCAGAUACUGUUGUAGCACUGGGUGCUAGUGCAACACCAGAUGCUAUUGCAGCACCAGAUACCAGUGUAGCACCGGAUACCAGUGUAGCACCAGGUGCUAGUGUUGCACCGGAGACUAGUGUAGCACCAGAUGCCAGUGUAGCACCAGAUGCCAGUGUAGCACCAGAUGCCAGUGUAGCACCAGAUGCCAGUGUAGCACCAGAUGCCAGUGUAGCACCAGAUGCCAGUGUAACACCAGUUGUUAGUGUCACCUGGACUCCUGUGCUAGGACCAGCAGAAGAUGAGCAGGAGGAGAAGGAGGAUGUAUCCUUGAUUGCAGCCCCAACUGAGAGACCCCAGACUACAACAGUACCUCCCAUCUUAGCACCGGAGUUGACAGGUGGUUUUACUCCUAUUAUUAGUGAAAUUAGUAAACCUAGUGAAGUAGUGCCUGAAUCUAGUGACCUUCCACCUUUCAGUGAAAUAGUUGUAAGCACUGCAGCUUUCCCUGCACAAACCUCAAAAAGUAUUGCUUUGCCAACACCAGAAUCACCUUUGCUUGUAGUCACAACCAGCAUUCAAGAAUAUGACCACACAGAGAGUGAUAUACCUAGUGACUAUUCUACAGUAGAUGAACUUUUGUCAAGUGUGAUUCCCCAAGAUAGCAUUAUAACUUUAAUUGACAGACUGCCUAAGCCAGUUGAGUCAUCAUCAGUUCUGUAUGAAUCUACAACAGAGCCCCUGAUUCCUUCAUUUGAUAUUGUAUCCUCCACCCUUAUCCCCACAUCUCUUGCUCCAGAAGACUAUGCUUCCUUUAUUGUUACAGACACAGUCAAAACUCCUGAGCCCCCUGUCAUAGUCUCAGAAAGACCUCUGCCUUCCCCAACUAUCUCCUUAAAAGAAGUCUUGUUAACUUCACCUGAUCCCUUUAAGAGUAUGACCUUGGAAUUUACUACUACUGCUAUGGAUACUGCCAUAGUUAACACAACCUUGCCUUCUGUUUCUGCUUCCCCCAGUCCCCCGGCAAUCUCACCAGCUUUUCCAACAUUACUAACAAAUCUAACAACAACAGACUCCUAUGCUCCCCCUUCCUCACCUGCUGACCUUGAGACAGUCUUCCUGGCUCCCUCCCACUCCCCAACCAGUACCUCAGACUUACCUGCCCUGGUUGCCCCGACAGCCUCAGAACCAGCUCUUGAAGACAUUGCCACAGAAGUGUACCCACACCUAGAUUCUGCUGCCAUACCUGGAGAAGAAACUGCAUCAGAGGAAGCAGGCAAGAAAGAAGAAACUGUGGAUGCUCCAAUGUCCUCUCCUCUGCCACCAGCCAGCCCCUCUCCACCCUUCACAACCAUCACCACACCAACCAUAACCACUACAAAGACCACUACAACCAAAGUUACAAUACCUGCUUCUACCACCACCACCCAAAUACCCACCACACCCCCGUCUGAAGUUAGCAUCACCUUCAUCAUCCCAACUGAAUCAAUGCCAACUCUGACAACAAUUGUGGAGCUCUCGAACGGAACCAAGGUCGAUCGUCCUAUGCCCUAUGUGAGGGCACGUGUGGGCUACAGUGGGGGAGAAUUCUGCCAGCACAGGCACAAUUUCAAGGCUCUGCUUGCAGAAUGGAUCAGCAGACACAUGGAGGAUGUAGACGUGUCACCGCAUGAGAUCACAUUCUUCAAUAUGCCUGAUUGUAAGUCAAUAAAGCCACUCACUGAGGAUCACCUGAACCAGCUUCCUGAAGACCCUACUGAUCCUGACCAAGAGGCUGAGGAUAAAGUGAAUGAGAUAUAUGACUAUAUGACAGAUGUCUAUUUCUAUGUCACUCGUUCUGGCAAGAUUGAUCCCAAUUUAACAGAGCAGUUCCCACUUUACCCAACUGAACUGGAGAUCAGUGAAGAACUAGCAUAUCUUAAGUCAAAGGUCACAGAGUUGGAACUUGUACGUCCAGAUGGUACCACAAACUCCAAUUUAUUAUUAGAAAAAGAAGCAGAAGUUGGCACCCCUGUUAUUGUUAUUAUUGUAAUUUCUACAUUAGUUGGGGCUGCCAUCAUCAUAGCCCUCAUUUUCUUUAUGCUCGUGAGGAAACGCGGUGCUGCCAAUAAUUACUACGGGAGACGAUGCACACCAGUCAGCAUGGAUGCCUACAGUAUGGACAGUGUCUCUGUUUAUCAUUCCUUUAGAAGGAAAAGCAAAAGACGUGCCUCAGGAAGAUCCAUCAAGUCAUAUCUUAAUCAGGCCUUUGAUGAUCCAAAUGGACCUUCACGGCCUCUGAACUUUGCUAAGCUUACUCACUUCAUCUCUGAUAUUGAUGGAGUUCAUGAAGAGUUCUCGACAAUCCCAGUCAAUAUGCCAAAGUAUGAUGAGUUACCAGCUGGUGUUGAAGAUAAGAAUAGGUAUGCCAAUGUCAUUCCUGUGCCAGAAACACGAGUUAUCCUCAAAACGGCAAAAGACUCUCCAACUUCUGAGUACAUCAAUGCCAACUAUGUAAGAGGCUCAAGGAAUGAGUCGAAGUACUACAUUGCAACCCAGGCUCCACUAGAUGACACAGUAGCGGACUUCUGGAAGAUGGUUUGGGAACAAGAAACGCGUGUUAUUGUUAUGUUGACAGACUUUGUGGAAAAGGGCAUUGACAAGUGUGCUGAUUACCUUCCCCCUUCAGAGACAUUAGAUUGUCAUAGGGUCUAUGGUGAAUUCCAGGUGACCCUCAAAUCUCGUGACAUGAAAGAAAAAUUUGUGGUGUCUAAUGUCCAACUGAAAAAUCUAGAAAACAACCUGGUCAGAGAAGUGGCCCACAUGUGGUUCACUGGCUGGCCCACAGCCGGUGUUCCUAAUGAGGAAUCUGGUUUCAUUUCCUUCAUCCUUGAGGUCAGAAGGAACAGGAAGAAGCUUCGAGCCAAAGGACCUGUUGUGGUCCACUGCAGUCCAGGGACAGGGCGCACUGGUACUUUCUUGUCAUGUGACAUGGUGAUGCGACAAUUUGAAGAUCAGAGAACUGUUGAUGUUCCAAGGACAGUGUAUUCUAUAAGGAGGGACAGAGCUGGUGCAGUGCAGACAAAGGAGCAGUAUGCCUUUAUCUACAGGGUUAUCAACUUGUAUGCAUCUAAACUUACAACAGGAAACCUUGAUUCCCUUUAAAAGCACAAGAGCUUAAAACAUUUUUUGUGAAUGAAAAUUUUAUGAUAAUGAAGCCUGAUUGCAGUAAUUGAUUAUUUUUUUUAAUAUAUUGUAUGAUUCAGAUAUGACUGCAGUAUUACCUGGUGAAAAAUAAACAAUGUUUAUGUUGUAAAUAUUGAUGUGUGUGAAACCUCCUGCUGAGGUCAAAAGCCAUACAGUGCUGUCAUUAUGGCUUGAAGUCCCAUGGGGAGGCAAUGGUGCUCACAAUACUAUUGUUAAGUCCUUAUCAUGUUGCUGAAGUCCAAAACGAAAUAUUUAGAAAUAUUAUUUUCUAGUGCAUUUUGCAUUUUUAUCACAUCAUUAUGAAUGUAAAUCAACUUUUACAAAGAUUCUUAUACACACAAACAUUGUGUGCACUACUUUUUUGUUUAUAUCCACAUGUAGCCAUGUGGUUCACUUACACAUGGAUAUGUUUUGUAUAUGUGUUAUUUAUUUUUGUCUUUCUCUCAUCAUGGUAAAGUCAACAGGAAAGACAACUCACAAAGUGUGCCUUCAGAGAUAAAAGUGCAAUAAGAUAUGGGACUACUGACUAAGCAUGCAUUAUGUACCACAUAACAUAUAUAUAUGUAUGUAUGUAUAUAUAUAUAUAUAUAUAUAUAUAUAUAUAUAUAUAUAUAUAUAUAUAUAUAUAUAUAUAUAUAUAUAUAGUCAGUAAAUAAUGUAUAUAGCAUUAUUUGACAUAAAUUUUAAAAUUGAGAUUUUAAAUGUGAAUUUUACUUCUUGUGUUCUUUAUCACUCAUGUAUGUGAAAAUCUGAAGCCAUCUUAUUGCAUAUUUAUUCCAAAUUACAUUUUUGUGUAUAUAAUGUAAUAAUUUGAAAUCCUUUAAAUGAUUCACCCUUAUAUUUUUUGUGACCCAUAUUGAGUAGGGUUUGUGAGCCUCUUUACUAAAAGAAAUGUAUGAUGAAUAUGUAAAAAAAUAUGUAGUGCAGAAGGAAACCUGAGAAGUGUUGUCUUCAGAUAUGAAUAAUUAAUUUUAAAACAUUUUAAUGAUCUUGAAAUUUUUGAGUAACUAAAUGAGUAUGUAAAUAUAUUAUGAGUUACAAUAUGUAGAGUAGUUUCAAGUAAAAAUACUUUUUUAAAAUUGAACAUAGUCUUUUUGCAAAAAAUAUUUUAUGUAAGAAAGUUUUGCAAGUAAUUUAAAUGAUCGGACAGUGACUGCAAAACAUGCUUGCAUUUUGUUAGCCAAGGUAUGUUACAAGAAAAGCAAUGCAAUUGACCAAACUGAUUAUAGAUUUUAAUGUUUGGGUUCAUGAGAAAACCAUCAUGUUUUGCAUGUUGGCAAACGUAUAUUUAGAAAUUCAAAAAAAUGAACUUUUUGAUCUACUAGACAGUUUUUAUGCAAAUUUUAUAUUUCUAUAAUUUCCUGUUUGUGAUUGUUGGACAUGCUUGGAGGCUUUUAUUGAUAAUUUUUAGAAAAGACAUCAUUUUUCCAUAUAUAAUUUUUCUGCAUCAUUGCAGGCUCCAUACAUAAUGUAAGUAAUUGGAUUUGCUUUUAAAUGGCUGUUGAAUAAUAAUAGGAAUUAAAUACUGAUUAAAUCUUAUCUAUAUUUUUGAUGAUUGAUAUGGCAAAUAGACAGAUUGAAAUGUUUGUUCACUUCAAAUUAUAUUCUUACAUAUGCAAUGAAAGGUGUGUAUAUAUUAGAGGAGUAGGCAAAAGUGGACUUUCACUAUUCCGAUUGUACAUGCAUUGUCUUCUUUGAUAAUUUUUUAAGGAAAAUUAAUAAUGUAGUUAUGUUGCACAAAGUUGCAAAAUGCUAUGUACAUAUUGCAAGGUUCACAACACUCACCAAAUAUAGAAGUCGAUUUUCCUGAUGUGUGAUGGCUUCACUGAACUCUGUAUCAGAUUUGUGCCUGCAGUGAUCUUGUGAUUUUGAGUGUUAUUUAUUGUAAACUGUCAAUAACUUACUGCAUGUUGACAUUUCUGAACUAAACCAUGGACAAAUGCACAUCUCAGUCUGUCAUCUUUAACAAAUAAUCCCUCUUAGUUGCUUCACCAUUGCUUUCUGCUCCAGAUUAUAUCUAUUUUACUCAAGAUGAUGCUACCAAGUACAAUAGAAAAAUAUCAGUGGAUGACAAGUGAGUAUUGUCUAAGAAUAAGUCUCUUUAGGUUCAGUGAUGAACAUACUUCAUAAUGUCAUGCAAGUGAUUGCAGCACUUAUUUUUAUAUUACGUCAAUAUGACUAGGGGUUUGGUCUCCAAGAGUCAUUUACUGGUAAUAGGUUGUUUCCAUUUGUAUACUGAAGUUGAUAAAAUAAAGAAAAUUCAUAUUCUAGAGCAGGUAGACAUUAUCCUGGAGUAGAGAAGGCUCAAAUAAACUCCAUAUUUUUUUUCUUCUUCAUUUUGUAAUUUAACAUGUCCCUUUUUCAUAAAAAAAAUAAUUGGGCAUAAGUCCUCCAGAUGACAAUUACAGUAAGGUAAUUUGAAAAACCAUAGAAGAGUCAGGGUUCAUUCAUAAUGAGAAGACCAAAGUCAGAAUUAGGUCAUGUCAAAAUCAACAUUUCUUAAUCAUUAUGUGCUUCCCCAGAAUAUAUAAAAAACUGUGAUAAAUAGACACUGAAUACUAGAUAUAAAUUGAAAACAUAUGUAAAUGAGAGUUGUUUGUAUGUAUGUGUGUGUAUCCAUAUGACUGUCACUUGUAUGGAUGUGGAUGUACAUGUGAUUGUGUGGGUGUGUAUACAUGUGCAUGUUGCUGUGCAUGCAUCAUUGUGUCUAUUUUAUAUAGACAAUUUGGUUUCACACAGUUGCUCACAGCUGUAAAUUUUUGUUUUGAUCAAGAAUUUAGAAAUUCAGUGUUCACAUAUCAUCUACAAAUAUGAUGUUAUAGGCAUCAAUAAGGCUUUUAUAUUUCAUAUAAAUUUAAUAUUCUACAUGAGUUAUACCCACAUGUAGACCUCAGGCUACAGCAAUGUGUGUUCACCUCUCACAUAACUGCAAAUGCAUUUCCACAUUAAACUGUGUCUGUAAAGUAUGUAAAUUGAGCUAAGGCAAAUAAAAUACACCCAAUU